UUCAUUUUUCCACCUUAAAUCACACACACACCACCAAACACACACUUCUCAUUCACUCCAAAUCUAGAAAUUACCCAUCACAUCCUUCAGAUCUACAUUCUCUUCUUCUUGUUCUUAUUCAGGUUUUUGAAACCAAAGAUCAAAGUUGCUCUUCCUUUCAUAAUUUUCAGAGAGAAAAAAUGAGUGGGCAAUUCGGUGAUACCACUUUCACAAAGGUGUUCGUUGGAGGGCUGGCUUGGGAAACCCAGAAAGAUACGAUGAAGAAGUACUUUGAGCAAUUCGGCGAUAUCUUGGAGGCCGUCGUCAUCACCGAUAAGGCCACUGGCAGAUCUAAAGGCUAUGGAUUUGUGACGUUUCGUGAACCGGAAGCAGCCACGAGAGCUUGCUUUGAUGCUGCCCCGGUGAUCGACGGGAGAAGGGCUAACUGCAAUCUGGGUUGUUUGGGUGUUCAAAGAUCCAAACCUUCUACUCCAAAGCAUGGAGGAAGGAAUUGGAGGGGAAUGAAAUGUGUGCCGAAAGCAACAGCGUUUUCUUCGGCAGCAACCUUCCCACCUCAUUAUUAUGCCAUCCAACCUGGAUUUCCUUUUAAUCUCUAUGGCUACUCGCCUGAUUACUCUAAUUACCCCACGAGCUACUACAAUGUGUACGGAGGGACCACCGGCCAGUAUCCGGUGUAUGGAGGUGGCAUGAUGACUGGCACCGGAGCAGCAUUCUACCCCUAUCUUUUCGGAGAAGGAAUGGCCGGCGCUGUCUGUCCUUCCGGCCAAGGAUACGGUAUCCAUUUCCCACAUCACCUCUUUCACUGCUCAACCGGGAGCUAUCCACAGCACUUCGGUGCACCGGUGGCUCUUGCACCUACUCCACCCUUGCAAUAAGGUGUGACAAUGGCUCUUCAUCCUAGAAGAUUCAUUCCAAGCUGUUCUAAAGUCUCAACCUUGGGCCUAACCAUGGUUUUCCUUUUCUCCCUCUAUUUCUAUCUAACUCCAAUCACC